AUGGAUGCUCAAAGGGCUUUGCUUGAUGAACUCAUGGGUGCAGCACGAAAUUUAACUGAAGAAGAGAGGAAGGGGUACAAAGAAAUUAGAUGGGACGAUAAGGAAGUUUGUGGAUGCUAUAUGGUUCGAUUCUGUCCCCAUGAUUUGUUUGUCAACACUCGAAGUGAUCUAGGAGUAUGCCCAAAAAUUCACGAUCCGAAGUUGAAGGAAAGUUUUGAGAAGUCUCCCAGGCACGAUUCAUAUGUUUCCAAGUUUGAAGCAGAGCUAGCUUACUUCUGUGAGAAGUUGGUUUCAGAUUUGGAUAGAAAAGUUAGGCGUGGCCGGGAGCGUCUUGCUCAAGAGGUUGAAGUUCCCUCUCCCCCACCGAUGUCAGCUGAAAAAACUGAGCAGAUGUCUGUUCUGGAAGAAAAGAUAAAGAGCCUGCUGGAACAAGUUGAGUCUCUUGGUGAAGCGGGGAAGGUUGAUGAAGCUGAGGCACUCAUGAGAAAGGUGGAAUUGCUAAACGCUGAGAAGACAGCCUUGACACAACCACCACAGCAGGAUAAAUUAACAAUGAUUGCACAGGAGAAAAAAAUGGCUUUAUGUGAAAUAUGCGGUUCUUUUCUAAUAGCAAAUGAUGCUGCUGAGAGAACUCAGUCUCAUGUUACCGGCAAGCAACAUAUGGGUUAUGGCAUGGUCCGGGACUUUCUCACGGAAUACAAGACAGCUAAGGAGAAGGCAAAGGAAGAAGAAAGAUUAGCUCAGGAAAGAGAAGCUGCAGAGCAGAGGAAGCUCAAGGAAAGGGAACAUGAGAGGAGACAUGGAAGAAGUAACUCUCCUGACAGGUACAGGUACCGCCAUAGGGAUUUUGACAGGGAGAGGGACCGAUAUCGAGAACGCGACCAUGACCGGGAGAGGUCUCAUGAAAGGAAUGGCAGAGGAAGCCGAGAAAGGGAGAAAAGGUUGAGAUGCUCCGGUGCAAUAUUGGAUUACAAUAUCUUUGAUACUGUGUUGCACUUUCGUGAAGCUCUAUUGCAGACGGGGAAGGACUUGUUCAGGGUUAUUACUGUAUCUAAUCACAUUUGCGCCCUUAGCUUGCAUCUCCCAGUGUUAGCACCAGCCCAAUGCUGUGCUUUGGCAGUUGGUUUUUAUGUCGUGGAAAGUAAGGUCUAA